GAUAAAAGGUUUCAAGAAACUGGAAUCCGAUUGGUGACUAGCUUAAUUCGAAUCAGAGAUUCAGAAUCAAUGGUCAAAGAUUCCAAUUCCUGACGAUUAAUCGGACCAGAAUGGUAGAAUCCCAAUUCUAAGGGUCAGAUUGGAUGAUUUCAAUCCGAUAUGAUGAUUCUGAUCCAGAUUUUAUUACCUUGGUUCCGACGAAGAAGGAUUGAAUUCCGAUGAGAAAGGAAGACAGGAAUCAGGAUCCUCCGUCCAGGGUGGGAUGCGUGGCUGGCAAGGAGGGUAGCUGGAGUGUAAUUCCUCUCCUCUCCCCGUCCGGACCCGAGUCCAAACCGACCACCAGCUCUCUCUCCUUUAAAGGCAAUGGAGCCCAGAAAAAAGCCUUCCAUUUAAUACGAAGAGAACACCAAAAGGAACGAAUCACUCUCUGCCACUCCACAGUCCACAGAACCAAAGAGAAGAAAGGGUUUACGAUUUUAGGUUCGCAAUUCCUGAACUGAUUUUUGCAAGGUCACCGGAAAAAUGGUAUGUUCGGCCGGGAAUCCACUCCGGCCACUGCUAGGGUUCGGGUUCUUCGUCCAAGGUUUCCGAGGGUUUGCAUGGAUGGCUGUGACUUUCUUCCUCAAAGACGGUCUCAACGUCGAUCCUUCCACGCUUCAGCUUCUGCAAAACUCGGCAAAUCUUCCGAUGGUCGGAAAACCGCUCUACGGAAUUCUUUCUGAUGCGGUUUACUUAAGAGGUCAGCAUAGGAUCCCAUACAUCGCCAUCGGAGUUCUUUUGCAGGCAGUGUCAUGGUUUGUAAUAGCCCUCCUUCCCUUAUCAAAUGUUUCGAUCAUCACCAUUAGCAUCUUUCUCCUCCUUGGCAACUUUGGUGCUUCAAUUGUUGAGGUUGCAAAUGAUGCUCUUGUUGCUGAGACAGGAAAACAAGGAUCCUCUCCCAAGAAGUCACAAUCAUCUUCAUCAGGUGAGCUUCAGUCUUUUGUUUGGAUGGCUGCGUCUAUAGGCGGGAUCCUUGGUAACCUCUUAGGGGGCAUUACUGUUGAAAGCUUCUCUGCUCAAGCAAUGUUCCUUGCAUUUGGUCUACUACUAACCAUCCAGUUCUUCAUAACUGCAUCAGUCCAUGAAAAUUCACUUAACCUCCCCAGGAAUUCUUCAAAUUUUGGUAUCCAAAAACAGUUCAAAGAGCUCUCACUUGCAUUACAGAAGCCUGAGAUUGCUUACUCAUUGGCAUGGUUUGCAUCAUCUUAUGCUAUAAUCCCAGUAUUGACUGGUACCAUGUUCUUCUACCAAACACAGCAUUUGAGACUUGAUUCAUCGGUGUUGGGACUGUCCAAGGUGUUUGGACAGGCAGCAAUGCUUCUAUGGAGCAUGAUAUAUAACAAGCGUUUGAAGCUCAUCCCACCAAGGAAAUUGAUUUCAUCUGUCCAAGCAACAAUGGCUGUGUUCAUGUUGUCUGAUGUAUUGUUUGUGAAGGGGAUUUAUCGGAACUUGGGUGUGCCAGAUUCAGUAUAUGUUGUGGUCUUCUCAGGUUUGUUAGAAGUUCUGUUUCAAUUUAAAGUUCUUCCAUUUAGUGUCCUCAUGGCACAGCUCUGCCCACCAGGCUGUGAAGGGUCUCUAAUGGCUUUUCUCAUGUCUGCUAUUGCCUUGACCACUAUUGUGAGUGGUUACCUUGGUGUUGUACUUGCAUCAUAUGUUGGUGUAUCUGGGGAUGACUUGGAAGGUCUGCCACGUGGUAUUCUUAUACAGGCUGCAUGCACAUUGAUCCCACUCUUUUGGUCUUCAUGGAUUCCAAGUGAUGUUAAGUCCCAACAGAAGAAAAACAAAAAGGAAAAGCAUUAUUAACAGGGAUAUGUAAUUGAGCUACAGGUAUGCACAGGAGAAAGGAGAAACUGGAUUUUUCUUGGCUUCCAAAAUGAAAUUCUUUUUUUUUCUUAAUUAAUUUUUUUUCUUGUAUUCUAAAAUAAAGUAAAUAAAUAAAGCAUUCAGUUUUCCUGCAA